AUGAUUACUUUAUUUUAUGAUAUUGGAUCCAUUUCAACAACUGUAAGUGUUGUUGAAUAUUCUCAAAAUAAGGAAAAGAAUAGUCUUGGUAAUAUUAAGGUUUUAGGUGUUGCUUCAGAUGAAAAGUUAGGUGGAGCAUAUUUUGAUAAUGUUUUGGCCAACUAUUUUGCUGAAAAAUUCAUAGAAAAGUAUAAGCAAGAUCCAAGGGUUGAAAAAAGACCAGCAACCAGACUUGUUGAAGAGGCUCAAAGACUUAAACAUAUCUUGAGCGCUAAUAAUGAAGCACACUUGUCUAUUGAAAGCCUUUAUAACGACAGAGAUCUCUCUAUGAAAGUUACUCGUGAAGAUUUUGAAAAGUUGAGUGAGAGUUUACUUUUAAGACUAGUUGAUCCAAUCAAGGAAGCUCUUAUAACUGCCAACUUAACAAUGGAUGAUAUUGAUUAUUUUGAAAUGUCUGGAGGUUCAUCUAGAAUUCCAGCAAUUCAAGAAAGAUUAUCCAAAUUUGCAAACAAAUUAAGUUUGAGUUAUAGUCUUAAUGCAGAUGAAGCAAUUGCUAUGGGUGCAAGUUUCUUUGGAGCUUCAAAUUCUCCAUCAUUCCAUGUCAAAACAUUUAAACUUGUUGAUAUUACUCCAUAUCAAAUUAAUUUUGCUCUAUCUGGAAGUGAUAAGGAUAUUAAUUUAUUUAAUUCAAAUGAUGAAAUUGAUUCCAAGAAAACAAUUACUGUACCAAGAACGGAAGAUUUUUCUAUCACAUUGAAAUAUUCUCCAAACUCCAUUCCAAAAUCUUACACUACUGAAAACUCUAUUAUUUCUACUUAUCAAAUUAAUGGUGUAACAAAGACAAUGUCUAAUUGGACUUUUGAGGAUGAACGUGGUAAGAAAAAAAAGGUAAAGGCUACUUUCAAACUCAAUAGAUAUGGCCUUGUUGAAUUAGAUUCUGUUAAUGCUAUUCUUGAAGAAACAGUUACUGUUAGAGUCGAAACCAACGAUACAAUCAAGGAUGGUUCAAAUGAAACUAAACCUGAACCAACCUACAAAAAAGAUACUAAAACUACCAAAGUUGAUUUAGAUUUCAAAAUGACAGAGGUAUCUCUUGUUAAACAAUUAACUCCAGAACAAUUAAAAGCAUCCAGAGAAAAGAUUAACAAUGUUGAAAAAUAUGAAUCCUUAAAAAGAAAAAUCUCUGCAGCCAGAAAUACAUUAGAAGCAACAUUAUAUGGUACAAGAGACAAGAUUCUUGACAAUCCUGAAUUUAAACCAUAUUUUACAGUUACAGAACAGAAUAAUAUCAACAAAGCUUUAGAUGAAUUGGAGGUAUGGUUGAGUGAUAAUUAUGAUGAAGGAACUGUGGAUCAAUCUGUUGUUGAUACUUACAAUACAAAACUCAGAACUAUUACUGAUUUUACAAAUCCAAUCCACGAUAGACACAGGGAGCAUAGAGCCAGAAAGGAAGUUGUUGGUUUUUGUAAAAAUAUUUUUAAUGUAACCAAUCAAGCUGUUAAGUACAUGAAAGAUAACCAAAAGCAUAUUACUGACGAAGAGAGACAAGAACUUUUAGAUUUGAUAACAGAAAAAGAAAAGUAUUUAAGUGAUACUAUUUCCAAACAAGACAAGCUCCCCCUUUUUGAAGCUCCAACAGUUUUAGCAGCUGAAAUUAAAAAAGAAUGUGGUAAGGUUUCUGAACGUACAUUAAUUUUGGCCAAAAAACCUGUACCAAAACCAGAAACAACAAUAGAAAAGAAUGAAACUGUCAUACCUCCUCAAAGUGAAACUCAACCAGAAGAAGUGAAUCAAGAAGAAACUGAAAAGAAAGACGAACUCUAA